AUGAAGAAUACCAAAAAUUGUGAGAAGGGAAAGCUUCUAGACUGGCCAAAGCGUUUUCUUAUUAUUAAUGGAAUUGUUAGGGGUCUUCUCUAUCUUCAUCAAGAUUCAAGACAUAGAAUAGUUCAUAGAGAUCUUAAGGCUGGAAAUAUUUUGUUAGAUGACGAAUUGAAUCCUAGAAUUUCAGACUUUGGACUAGCAAGAAGCUUUGUAGGAAAUGAAAACCAAGCAAAUACAAGGCACAUUGUUGGAACUUACGGCUAUCUGUCACCGGAGUACAUAGUUGAUGGGAUAUACUCAACAAAAUCUGAUGUCUACAGCUUCGGAGUACUGGUGUUAGAGAUAGUUAGCGGGAAGAGAAACAGAGGAUUCAUCCAUAUUGAUCACAAUUUUAAUCUGCUUGGGCAUGCAUGGACACUUUUCUCAGAAGGCAAGUGCUUACAAAUAGUCGAUCCAUCUAUCAAAGACUCUAUUGAUUUGCCAGAAGUCCUAAGAUCAAUUCAUGUUGGUCUGCUAUGCGUGCAACUAAAUUCCGAGGAUCGACCAAGCAUGUCGUGUGUGCUUACGAUGCUGAGUAGUGAAUGGGCAUUGCCUCAGCCAAAGAAGCCAGGGUUCUUUAUUGAGAGAGAUGUGGUUGGUAACCGUUCUUCGUCAAGCAACAAUAAACUACUGUCUGUUAAUAAUCUAACAGCUACUCAGGUCUGUCCCCGAUAGAUUUUGAUUCAAAAUUGAUAGGUUCAUAGAUUAUCACAAUGAUAAGCCAAUUCAAUAUACAAUAAUAAUUAAUAAAUAAAUAUAGCAUUUCAUGACAUAGAGAAGUGUUUAGU